AUGGGUGAUAGAAAGAGGAUGAAUGUAGAAGGAGAUCGGCUAAGCAGCUUGCCGGAUGAUCUUAUCCAUAAAAUCCUGUCUUUUGUUACCAUCAAACGUGCUGUUGAAACAAGUGUUUUGUCACCCAGAUGGAGGUAUAUCUGGACUUCAAUGCCCUAUCUCAAUUUCUCAACUGAAGAUUUUCAAAGUUUUUGGUAUCCAAGCAAGUUCUCCACAUUUGUUGAACGUGUUCUUAGUGGCAUAAACAAUCAAAUCAAUGUGUCUUCUGUCGACCUCACUUUUAUAGGAACGGUUAGACACAAGUCUGUCACAAAAAUUAUGAAGUACGUAUUUUCCCACAAUGUCCAACAACUGAAUAUUACAUGCUUAUCGGCAAAGAUGUUCGUUACCACUCACUUCCAUUCUUGGUCUCUCAAGCAUUUCACUUUGACCGGGUCUAGUCACAAACUUACUUUCAGGAGCCCAACUACUUGGAAGAUGCAAGCUUUAGCAACAUUGAAUCUCUAUUAUGUCACAUUGCAUGAUGCCAAUACUGACAAGUGUGCUGGUUUUUUCUCCGCUUAUGCAAACUUGAAGGAUCUCACCAUAAAGAAUUGCAGAAUGGUGGGUGGAUUGGAUGGUUUCAAUAUAUGUCAUGCUGGACUAACUAGUCUAACACUUGAAGAUGGUUUUACACGUAUCAAUGUGGAUACGCCUCAACUCAAGAAUCUCACUAUAAAAAAUUGGAAAGGGGUGCAUCUGAUUUCUGCCCCCAAUCUUUCCUCUUUGCAUUAUAAAGAUCCAUCUUAUGAUGUUCAUGAAGAUGAUCUUUUGCAGCUUUCUACUGAUCUUCUACAUUUGGAGAAGGCAAAAUAUAUGUAUUAA